AUGUCAUUCCUCAACACGACUGCAAACCUGCGCAACACGACCCCGAUACCGUUGCCCCCGAGCAAGAGACAGGGGGCCGUCGCGCUCCUCCACGACCAUGACUUUUACCUACACUGCGAUCCGCACCUGACAGACUACAAGGCCGUAGAAGCACCGACCAACCCGGCGCCGACCUUUGCAUCGUACAAGGUGCCAGCCCCAGUCUCGGCGCUGGCGGGCGCAAACCCCACGGUCAAGCUGUACGAAGUUCAUGAUCAUGUCCCAAAUCCCGUGUACAGCAGCAACGUCAAGAGCAAUGAGGAAAUGGUCGACUUUGCCGACGGCUUGUGGGUGCGGGUGCGCUCUCCCAUGGGUGUAAUGAUGGAGACGACGUGGACGGUGCGGGAGAGGACCGACAACAAGACACAAGAGGAGGGAGGAGGGGGAGAGAAUGCUGCCGCCGACGACAGUGGCCUUGAGCUCGUCGAGGAAGUCUACGUGUCGUGUAAUCGCAUGCUCAUGGGCCUCGUCAAGAGUAGCGUCGAGGCCAAUUGGCAAAAGAUUCACGACAAGAUUGUCUCGCGAAUGGUUGAGGAUGCCGGCAAGGCAACAUCUAGCUGA